UUCCCACAUUGUGAAGUAAAUACAAGAAAGAAAGGUGUAUUUUUGUAACUGGAUGACGAUUUUUAAUUUUUAUUAAAGAUGCAUUGAAUGAUUUUUUAUUGUCCGCGUCGUAAUUUUUUUAAAUAAUGGGUCAAGACAAAAAAUCACUUCUUCAAGAAUUUAAACUUGAUUCAGAUAAUGAAUUACGUUUUGAGGUUGAAUCAAAAAAUGAAAAAGUUUAUCUUACAUUGAAGAGUGGUCUGGCUGAAGUUUUCGGCACGGAAUUGGUCAAGGGAAAAACUUACGAAUUUACUUCAGGUGCUAAAGUUGCUGUCUAUACGUGGCAAGGUUGUACAAUUGAGGUGAAGGGAAAGACUGAUGUAAUUUAUACAGCUAAAGAAACUCCAAUGGUGAUUUACUCAAAUUGUCACGCAGCUUUGGAGUUAAUGAGAAUUGAGGCAGAAAAAGAUAACAAACGAGGACCCAUUGCGAUGGUCGUAGGCCCUGGAGAUGUUGGCAAAUCCACAGUUUGUAGAAUUCUUUUAAACUAUGCAGUUAGGAUGGGACGUAGGCCCAUUUAUGUCGAUCUGGAUGUUGGCCAAGGAUCUAUUUCUAUUCCAGGGACAGUAGGUGCCUUGGUGAUAGAAAGGCCAGCAGGUAUUGAUGAAGGUUUUUCACAGGAAGCACCUUUGGUUUAUAAUUUUGGACAUAAAAGUCCAGGGCAUAAUUCCAAAUUGUUCAAAAUGAUUACAGAACAAUUGGCAAUGAUUGUAAAAGAAAGGCUAGAGGUUAAUAAAAAAACCCGGCAAUCUGGAGUUAUAAUUAAUACUUGUGGAUGGAUCAAGGGUGAGGGUUACAAGCAGAUACUGCAGUCAGGCAAGUGUUUUGAAGUAGACCUUAUAAUGGUUUUAGAUCAAGAACGUUUAUAUAAUGAAUUAGUAAGGGAUAUGCCAAAUUAUGUGAAAAUAGUUUUUCUCCAAAAAAGUGGUGGCGUUGUGGAACGUUCAAAACAUGUAAGAACUGAAGCUAGGGAUCAAAGAAUAAGGGAAUACUUCUAUGGAACUCCAAAAAAUUCUCUAUACCCUCAUUCAUUUGAUGUAAAGUUUUCAGAAAUAAAAAUUUUUAAAAUUGGGGCACCUGCAUUACCAGAUUCCUGUCUACCUUUAGGUAUGAAGGCCGAGGAUCAUUUAACAAAAGUUGUUCCAAUUACACCUAAUCCCGGGAUACUGCAUCACAUAUUGGGUGUAAGCUUCGCAGAAAAAGAGGAAGAUGAUAUUAUAUUGUCUCACGUAGCUGGUUUUGUAUGUGUGUCAAAUGUCGACCUCGAAAGGCAAACUAUCACAUUGCUGUCUCCUCAACCCAAGCCUUUACCGAACAACAUCUUGGUACUCUCAGAAAUUCAGUUUAUGGAUAGUCAUUAGUUAGUGUCCGAGUUGUAUUGCAAA